GUCCCAAGCCUAGAUAAAAUAUAGGGUUGUGUCAGGAAGGAAAUCCCAAACCAAGUAUGCGGGUCAGUGAAAGCUACAUACACCCUGAUGAUACUGCUGAAAGCUGAACAACAACCUGAUGGGUUCAUUUAGCUUGAAAACCACAAAAGUGUUACAUAAUUGAGGUUUCUUUGACUUGAUAUGGUUUAUGCCCAUUAAGAAUACAAAAUACCUCACUGGGAUUUUUGCGUCAUUUGUAUUGCAUUUUUGGAGGGCCGGCUGACAUUCUGGAGAUGGUCGUUGCGUGGGGGGGGGCUGGCUGAAACAAAGAUCCCACUGAAGACAGACUGGAGAGAUUCCCUUUCUUCCGACCAUGUGAGAGUUCUCUGUCACAGAACAAACGGCUCAUUUCGACACUUACGGCAUGAGGACAUGUUUAAUUAUUUUGAUGAAAGAAGUGGUCAGUUUUCAUAUACACUGACUUUUAGAGCACAAUGUUUAAUAGAUUCAUCAGAACUGGAGGACUGUUGUCAGCCAUGAAUGUGUUUAAGAAAGGACCAUGAAUUAUUGAGACCAAUUCUGAUGGUAUCUACUUUUUAUCUGUGCCAGUCCUGCUCUGCUGCCACAUCAGAUUGACACUUACGGACUGAAGCCAGACAUUGUCAGCUCAUUAUCAACACUUUGUCAUGUGUUGUCAGCCAGUUCUCUGCACAGCUCUCCCUUUCUUGCAGUUUUUUCCCCCCUCCUGUUUUCAAAAGACUGUAUCUCGAGCAUGUCUUCCUGCUCACACUUCUUGACUGGGGAUUACAGCGAAGCAAAGCUGCAUGAACACACACGGAAGUGCCGGAAGUGCUUGUAAGAAGACACCAAUCUUUCCUGUCUGAUGACCCCUGUGACCUGAAAGCUGAAAGCAACCCCGACAUGGACAGCGAGAUCACAGCCAAGGAGAGAGGCGUCCUGGAGGAGAACAACAAGAAGGAGCAGAUGGAGCGAUCUGAAGAGGAAGAGGGAGAAGAGAAGAAACUGAAGGAAGAGGAAGGUGAAGGGGAGGAGAAGAAGAGGAAGGAGGAAGAGCUGCUGACGGAGGAACAGGAGCUGGAGGAGCUGAGGGCCCAGGUGCUGCAGCUGCUGCUGGAGCUGGAUGAAGCCCGGGAGACGUCCAACAAGCACCAGGAGAGCUUCCACGAGUUACAAGGUCUGCUGGAGGAUGAGCGUUUGGCCAGCGCUCAUCAGGCGGAGGCCUUCACACGGCAGAUCCAGAAUCUUCAAGCCCAGCUGCGCUCUGUGCAGGAGGAGAUGGACAGCCUGGAGGAGGAGAAGGAGAGUGAACUCACCGAGCUCCAGGAGGAGCUGCGUGUGGCCCAAGAGGAGGUGGUCCUGCUGCAGCAGGCGGCGGAGGAGGCUGCCGCGGAGCGGGAGAACGACAUCGCGUCGCUGCAGGAGGAGCUGUGUCGGCGGCGGGCCGAGCUGCAGCGCCUCAGCGAUGAGACCCAGGAGUACGAGCUGGAGAUCACAACGCUGAGGGCCGAGAUCCGGAUGAAGAGCCAGCGCAGGGAGGCCGAGAGGAGAGAGGGUGACGUGGACCUGCUGAAGGAGGAGUGCCGAAAGCUGAGGGAGGAGUGUCAGACCCUGAAGGAGGACAACAGACGUGUCUCAGAGAGGCUGCAGCUGCUGCAGAGACAGAGGACAUGCUCCAGCGUCUACCUGUCACUGAAGGAGGAGGACACAGUAGAGGGCCCUGACGGGAAGGUGACGGAGAUUGGCUCCGAUGAGGUCAUGACAGAGAGCUACAUGACCAUGGCCCAGUCGGAGAACUGUCGCCUGGUGGACGUCUCCAUCCAGAAGAAUAUCUCCUUCGAUGGGAAGCCGGUGACACCGACAGGCUGGAACGGAGGCGUCGGGGAAAUCUUCUCCCUGAGAGACCAGCUGAAACAGGCUGAGGAGAAGGCCUCGCAGGUCCAGAGAGAAUGUGACGGACUGAAGAUGGAGCUCCAGGAACUGCAGGUACUGUAUGACAGCAGCCAGAGGGAGCGAGCAGAGCUGGAGGAGGAGCUGCAGCGCUGCAAGGCAGAGCUGGAGAAGCUGUCAGGAGGGAAUCGGAGACUCAUCCAUCCGUCUGAGCACCCUGUUCUCUCCAUCCCCUUCAUAGGAAUGAUUGUAAUUGUGGCUGUGGUCUGGUGCUGGUUGUCGGAGCUGGCGUCCCAGAGAGCAAGGGGAGUGAGGUAGGUUGGAGCUCCAUUGUGACUCUCUCUGCAGCUGCAGCACUGCUACUAGCAAUGGCUAGCUUACUGAGAGCUCUGGUCCGAUGUUGACUGGAUGGGUAACAUCAGCGAAAAGGACGGACGUCUGCUUCAGACCAGCCUUCCUUGUCUCCUGCCACAUCCGUAGACUAAACCGGAAUGACUGAAAAAAAAAAAGGAUAUAAAAGACAGCAGCUUAGUAGAAAAACCUAUGGGAAGUUUCAUCUCUAACGAGGCGGUACGACGUGCGCUGAGAGUGAUGCUGCCUGUCAGUCUCGUUUGUAGAGAAAACAUGGAUGGAAACGAUCCGGCCUGCAGGGAGCCCACAUGAGGAUGGAUCCCUCCAGUCGAAGUGUCCUAGUGCUGUGCCAGUCCUCCCCCGUGUCAGUAAAAAUGAGCUCUUUUCCUCUUUCAGCAAUGUGACACAAUGAAGGUCUUAAUGUGCUUUAAAUGGCUUUUAUUUAAUUUAACCAUUAUUUAUUCAUGUGUGUGGAGCUGUUGUAUCUUUGAUAAUAAAGGCAAACGUUCAGGCUGGUAUAUUCACCUCAAAACAAACAAUCAGUUGCUUUUCAGGAACGACUGUCAGGCCUUUUCUUUGAAAGCACCAGUUAUAGUGCAAUUACCAGAAGGACAAGAAUAUCUUAACUAACCUGCCAUACAGGCUUAAUGGUCUCUGUGAAAUAAGGAUGUGUGGAGAAUUUAUUAGUGUCCAAGCUGAAGAAAACAGCAGUCAGAGGGCUAUCUGUUUGAGGAAUUAAGGAAGGGGCCAUGGGGGAGCUAAACAAAGCCGCAGGAUGAGCUCAUUUUUUUCCUAUUUGAAAUAACUGUCUGAAUGAUGCAGACAGAGCGGACUAUUUAGCAUUCAAUUUUUCCUUUACAGCAGAGUCCAUGCUGCAAUGUGGCCCACAGUUGCAACAGUUCGACUCAAAGGACCUUAUUAUAAACAUUCUCUCUGACACCAUUUAAAAAUCUGCAUUAAGCUGUUCUGAAUGCAGAAGUUGUUACUUUUCGCCUGUCAGUUUGGCUCACUCCUUCUUAUCGUCAAACAUAGACCGCUCGGCUGCUGUCUUCUGCAGGUACAGCCCUGAUAAUUGCUUCUCACCUUGAGAAAAAUAUGAUGUAAAGGUUUUUAACCCGUGUCAGUCCCUGCACAGCUGUAGCAAACCUGAAAGUCAGUGCUGUCCUGCUCACCUUUAAAUCACGCAGCAACAGAAAGCUGCAUUGAAACGCCAAAAAAUAUAAAUAAAAAAGACUCACACUCUACUGCAUUCUUGAUGUAUUCUAAAAGUGCAGCAAAAGUUGAGAAAACUUGAGGCUGAGCUGAACUUUGUGUUGUUUUCUUUUUUACCUCCAUUCAGCUAAAUGUCAAAGAAACUUUUCCUUUGUCCUCAUCCGAUUUCUAUUGACUCUGCUUUUCUGAGUGGAUUGUUUGAAGGUCUACACAGGUACUCCGUGGGACUGCACUGACUCAGCCUUAUGAGUGAAAGCUGCAUAAAAAUGUCAGCCUCAGAUCAGGGGAACCAUGGAUGAGGUGAGGGUCCAAAUCCUGUACAUAUAGGGAAGCAUCCGACUUAACACUUCUAUUGAUGUAUUGAAGGAAGGCGUUUACAUUUGUGACAUAUUAUUUUGUGUGACAAUCUCGUAGGACUUUAACCGCAUGCUAUAAAACACGUAGAGCAUAAUAGAUCUAAUUUAUGUUUGUGAGUUCCAUGUAAAUAGGAGUGACAAACAGUACUAUGGGAGAGAUAUUUCCUUAAUCCAUUUGUACUAGCUUUGUAGAAAGUUUAUUCUUUUUUGAGAGAGCAUCGUAUAUUUGAUAGACAGAUUCUACGUUACGUAAAUGUUUAUUUAUGGUAUCCGGAGGAGCAUCUCCAACCACUUUCAGUGUGCUUGAAGGUGAGGUACUCGUCGCAUGCAUUUAGAUCGCAGACCUCCAUAAUCACAGCAGGACCGACGUCACGCCGCACACCAACAAACAUAGAAACGACAUCACGUGCCACAACACUGCAAAUGUCACACGUUGCAAUAGAAACCAUUUAUUGCAAUAGAAUAUUUUACCCAAUUUGGGAAAUUAUUGUCUUUAUUUUUUAGCUCAUGAAUAUUACCAUCAAAAGCUUCUGUAUUGCACAUUGUUGUUUUCAGUAUAGUUGUGGCUAUUUUGUUACUUGGAGGUCUAUUUUGCACUGUAAAUGACUCGGAGAAGAAAAAAUAAAUAUAUCCAGCUCAAAUGA